AAGUGACAACGUUGUCAAAAUUCGGUACGCAUGAUUCGGAAAAGUGAUUAUUUUGGUACAAAACACCGGAUUUUUAUCAAUUAUAAUAUGAAAUAAGUAAGGAUAGCUGAAAAUAAUCGUACCAAGUUCAAAUGUGGCCUGAUUUUGUGGGUUUUAACGAGGACUAUGGCUUCAAAAGUUCUCCGGAGUCGAGCAGCGACAAUUCUUUUUGUACAGAUAACAUGGACGUAUCCUCGGGCGAGGACUUUUUAACGCAGUUAUCUACAGAUUUGGAUAUUCCAUUGCUCUUAAAUGCUGGUGAAGAUGAAAUGGCACUACUUAACUCGUUUCUUGACAAAAGUCCUGACGAAAUUCUCUCCGAUGUAGCUUCCCCGCCUAGGGAGGACGUCUCAAACGAUAGUCUGGAUGUUAAAGAUGUAGAUUUUACAGCCUGGGACUUUGCUAACAUACCUAAGACAGAAGAACAGGACGUAGCAUCUGAUGCUUCUAGUGUUUCAAGCAAUUCUAUCGAAUCUACUACCAGAAUUCCUGUUGUACAGUAUCCUCCUUCAACUAGGAUCAAGCUAGAGGAGAUUGAACCAAAAAUAAAGACAAAAGUUCCAAUAAAAAGAGUUCCAAUUCAGCCCAAAGGUCAAAACAACUUUGUAGUCAUAAAUAAUAAAUUCCCUACAGUUUUGCCGCAAGGAAUUAGCGGUUUAUCACCUAAAGUUGUGGUUUUGGAUAAUAUUUCAACAUUCCCUGUCAAACAGGUGUCUCCUAUUCUUCCUAACAGACCGUGUAAUAUGGGAAUAGAUCCGAAAAUUUUUAAAAGGCAACAGAGAAAAAUAAAAAACAGGGAAUCUGCAUGUUUAUCCAGGAAGAAAAAGAAAGACUAUUUGAAUUCUUUAGAAGAACAAGUGAAGGAAUUAGUUGAGGAGAAUAAAUGCUUGAAAAAGGAAAACGCACUAUUGAAGGACAGGCUCUCGUAUUAUGAAGAGGAUAAAUCUUUUAAAAGCAUAUCUUCGAAAGGAACUAAACCAGCGUUGGUUUUGUGUGCUUUUCUACUUGUAGUAGGAUUAAAUUUAGACUAUUUAAGAAGUCCCUUUUUAUCAAAGUCAAAUAAAAUUGACUUGGCCCAAAGUAAACACACGCAUAUACCCCUUAAUCACCAUGGUAGAGGUCUUUUGUGGGCGGAUGAUCAAAACACAGACCCAAGCGUACCAAAUAGUACUUAUUUUUCAGCCCUAACCAUGUGUCCGGCUUCGAUAAAUCAAAGCGAGAGUGCCAGACUUCUUUUGGAGCUGGAAAGAUGGAUCGGAAAACCUGAAAUUACACCAGAAAAAAAAUCUCCUGCCACUGUUUUGACUACUAGAAAGCCUAAAACAAAAAGAAAGAAAAUACGGGUUGAUUCUUCGCUAGUCCAGGUUUUAGAAAAUAAAAAAUACGGCCCAGAGAACGAGAGUAAAAACGAAAUUCAAGUUUUCACUCCUAAACCCGAACAACUUUAUUCAGAAUUUUUCGAGGCUAUUAACAGGCAAGAAGACACGUUCUACGUGGUGUCUUUCAGCGAGCAACACCUCUUAGUACCGGCUUUGUACCAUAACAAAACCCGGAGACCCAAAAUGACGCUUCUUAUGCCUUCGGUACUUCCCAACGGUACUUCAACCCAAACUUUUGUACCUUUGAUGCAAAUUGAUUGUGAAGUACUCGAUACAAAGCUUGUUAACGUGAAGUAUGGUGCCAUACCCAGGCAGUACCGUAAUGUUACAAAAACCAACGGAAAUGACGAGCAUAGAAAAUCAAAUUCUACAGUACCAAGGAAAAAUAGGGAUAAGGGAGCUUAUAAGCCCUAUUUUUUGGGUAAAAAAUUCUUUAAAAUGGAUGAUAUAAAUUAGUUUAGUCAAAGUUUAUAUUAAGCUUUUUUUGUGAUCUCGGUGAAUGUAUUUUUUUCUGGGUUUUCCAAUUUGUAUAUACGUUUGUGCAAUAGUAUUUUUUCUUAUCAAUUUUAUGCCAUUGAGUUCAUUGUUUUCAGUCAUUUUUAGUAUAAUUUAGAUAAAGAUUUAUGUAGAUUUUUUACAUUUAUAACAAAUGCAACAAGCUAAUGAUUUUUUUAUUUUGGUAAAUAGAAAGUUCAUGUUA